UGCUACCUUAUCUGACGCCUCCAAUCCAUUCAGCUUUGCCGUGUGGAGCGCGGGUUCUACCACACUUCCAUCGUCAAUUGGAUCUGCUGUUGCUUUCUCACUGAUGUCCGGUUACCUGGUUUGAGUUGAGUCCUGUUUGCACAGAUGCAUUUGAGACUUUCUGCAGUUGUAUUCCUCGUCAACUGCGCAUUUAUGCUGAGCCAACAGACCUCGAGAACGUGGAUUGUCAGUUCUGAUUUGCCUGAAGACUGCAAGGGCUGUCUCGAGUGCUCCGGAGACAACGGCUGCCUGAAGUGCCCAGAGAAGCUGUUCCUGUUCAUUCAGAGAGAAGGGAUGCGACAGCACGGCUCGUGUGUGCAAUCCUGCCCACCGGGACACUACGGCGUGCGGGGGCAACAUAUUAACAGAUGCACCAAAUGCAAGACACCCGAUUGUGAGAAUUGUUUCAGCAAGGAUUUCUGCAUGAGGUGUAAAGCUGGAUUCCACCUGUUUAAAGGGAAGUGCCUGAGCAGCUGUCCAGACGGGACCUCCCCCCACCUCACAGACUGUAUCGAGGGCUGUGAGGCAGGUCAGUGGAGCGAGUGGACAGCGUGCACCAACAAUGGACACCUGUGCGGAUACAGAUGGGGGACACAAAGCAGGAGCAAAGAGACGAUUAGAAAAGAGGCGGAAGAGACGGCCUCCUGUCCGGCGCUGUCCGAGACCAAGAGGUGCAGGAUGAAGAAGAGGUGUGCUGGAGAGAAAAGGCCUGUGAAUAAGAAGAAGGGGAAGAAGCAGAGAAACGGUGGGGUGACGGAGCCCCCUGGACAGCCCUAACGAACCAGCAGACAGGCUGACUCCUAACGAACCAGCAGACAGGCUGACUGCACAGCAUUACCAGCUACCUGAAGUGUGCGCUUUGUCUUAUGUCUUAUUGCAAGCAUUACAGCGAAAGAGAUCGUCAUUAGGAUGGGUGUGGCUUGGUUCUCCAGUAAUUCCAAACUCUUGACAUUGCUUUACAUGUGCUUAUAAGAAGUGUAGUGUAUUCAUGGGGUAGCAGAGCUCAGCAUCAUACACUCUAAGGCCCUGUCCAAACUACAGAACCGAUCUCAGAACCGUACUCAAAACCUUUCUGAUGAAUCCAGCUCAAAGCGUCCACACUACAGAACCGAUCUCAGAACCGUACUCAAAACCGUUCUGAUGAAUCCAGCUCAAAGUGUCCACACUACAGAACCGAUCUCAGAACCGUACUCAAAACCGUUCUGAUGAAUCCAGCUCAAAGCGUCCACACUACAGAACCGAUCUCAGAACCGUACUCAAAACCGUUCUGAUGAAUCCAGCUCAAAGCGUCCACACUACAGAACCGAUCUCAGAACCGUACUCAAAACCGUUCUGAUGAAUCCAGCUCAAAGCGUCCACACUACAGAACCGAUCUCAGAACCGUACUCAAAACCGUUCUGAUGAAUCCAGCUCAAAGCGUCCACACUACAGAACCGAUCUCAGAACCGUACUCAAAACCGUUCUGAUGAAUCCAGCUCAAAGCGUCCACACUACAGAACCGAUCUCAGAACCGUACUCAAAACCGUUCUGAUGAAUCCAGCUCAAAGCGUCCACACUACAGAACCGAUCUCAGAACCGUACUCAAAACCGUUCUGAUGAAUCCAACUCAAAGCGUCCACACUACAGAACCGAUCUCAGAACCGUACUCAAAACCGUUCUGAUGAAUCCAGCUCAAAGCGUCCACACUACAGAACCGAUCUCAGAACCGUACUCAAAACCGUUCUGAUGAAUCCAGCUCAAAGCGUCCACAGUGCAAUACCGCUUCAUGUUUAGUCAGGCUGAAAGCGUCCACACACUAUUAGGAUAGUUCAGUUAAUACCACAGUAUCCCACCAUGCACUGUAUUUAAUUUUAAAAUAAUCUGUUAUGCUUCAUAUAUCUGUUAUGCUUCA